AUGGAUGUGGUUCUCCAACAUCAUGUGUUCUCAGAUGUGAAGACCAUGAAGCCUGUGGAAAUUGUGGAAGGGGCUGCUAAGCAUGAGGCUGGUCAUCAGGCCGUGUUUGCCAAGCAAGCCUACCGCCAAGCCAUUGACUCCCGUGGUUUUUACCAGUGCGGAGGGAACUUGUUUUGGAUCAACAUGGCGAGAAUGGUGAGCUCGCAAGGAGUCCCGAUGUCAGCCCGUGGCAUUGAGCAGCUGAAAGUGUCCCACUUUCAGUCCCCAAGGCCCUUGGAGCACAUGAUCAUCGUCCCAGUGGAGCAGGAGUGGAGCUACAAGGAAUUGAAAAACAAGUUCGGAAACUUGACUCGCCUUUCACCUGAAGAGAUAGAAAUUGCUCUGAUUGGCCGCAUUGCCGACCUGGUGCGCUCAGGCGCCGACGACAUUGAGCUGACGGCUUGGCGCACUGUGUGUCUCACAGCGACGUUUUCCUUUGAAGUCAUGAGCUCGGACUCUUCGAUGUAUUGGCGGGCAAUCAACACGCGCAGAAAGACAAUUGCUCUGUAUGACGCGGUUGCCCCAAGCCCGACUCAGAGAAUCUUUCAGCUCAUGACUUUCAAGGAAUCCUACGAAGCUGCGCAUGGCUCUGUCUCCAACAGUGACCUUGCAAGUAUCUACAAUGCAAACCUGCAGGAGAUAGAUUCCAACCUCGAAGACACCGUUUCAGAAAACUGGGUUGACACAGCCAUCAAGAUCUUCAAGAGGGCCUUCGCUCACGAGAAUUUGCUGGCAGAAGUUCUCCGCGAUGAAGGUGAAAACGGCAAGAAUGGCAUGUUUCAAACGUCAUGUUUGGAGGAGAUUUGCAUCAAAGGGAAGACCCAAGAUGACAUUUUCUGGAUCAUGCGCAGUAUGCGACAUGCAGUCAGCACGAAGGAGCUCACCCCGACUGACUUCACUGUUCGCUUCAUGUGUGGCCAAAAGUCAAGCGGCUCAACUCAAAAGGGGUUUCUUCACUUGUGCUUGCUGAAGCGAUCCUUGCUGAAAUAUUUGCUUUGCACUUGGCUGGAGCAGAACUCCACAGACCCAGAAUCCAAGGACCGCCAAAAAUUUCACAAAACAACCAACGGUUUUUGCUGA